GCACUGAGAUAACAUAUGAGUUAUCUAUGCACGUAAAAGAAGUGAUAGAGAUUUCAUAACAACGUAGAAUCCGAAACAGAGAAAUAAUCACCACGUUUACAAGCGCGGCUUUAUUUUUUGAAAAUUUAUUUUACAGAUUUUAAAGCGUUGCAAUUUUGCGUGCACGUUCCCGGUUGCUUGUUCUCGUCUGCAUGUGUCAACAUGUUGGAGUUGAACCUAUUUCCUACAUCCAUUACGGUUCGCCCUCGCCUGGACAUUUAUGCCACGAAACAACUUUGGCAGAUCAAUUACAACUGUAUAAGUGUGUCAAUAGAGCUGCCGAUGAUGCCGAUGAAUAACACGACGAGAAUGACAGACAUGACAAACGAGGAAAUGUCCACGGCAGGAAACGAAGAAAUGGAAUCGUCGUCAAUGACAGAAUCAAUGACGGGAGAGAUGAUGAUGACUACGCAAAUGUCGGAAGCAAACGGGAUGGUAGAACAAUUAAAAGAAAAAACUGAAAUGUCAGAACUUAUUUUGGAAGAAACGGUCGAUUAAUACAAAGUGAAUUAUAAAAAAAGUUUAAUAGAAAUUUAUCAAUUAAAUGAUCAUAAUUAAAUGACAGUUCCAAUCAGUUCGGUGGUCGGAGGCCGACUUAAGCGGCCGUUCUUAUUGCGAUCAUUCCAAAUCUUUACAAGAGAAGCCGAGAAGGAGAUAUCGUUGCCGAUUUUCCUCGAGUGGUCGCGCUUAUGUCGAUAUAUGUACCGUUUUUUCUUUCUCGUUGAAAAUUUAUACUUAUUCUGAAACUAGAACUCGUCGCGGCAACUAUACGAUAUUGCAAUUCUUAUCCUUGAUUAUCGAUCGCGCUAUCAAAUCUCGACAGCGAUACUCAUUGUUACAAAAUUAAGUUGUUUGUGAACAUUUUCAAAAUAUAUAUAGUUUUGCAAUCUUUCAGAUUGUAAGUAAACAACAUCCCCGAAAAUCGAUGUUUCGAAAAAUUUCGGCUAUCAUCUGUUUGAAUGUGCAUAUUGUUGUCUUUGUGAUGUUAUGAAUUGUAUAUAAAAAACUCUUUGUGUGUGUGAUGUGUUUCUCAAUAGACUCUUCAAAACUCAGAGACGAAUUUUACGUCAGUUUCUUGUCUUGAUUCAAGAACUAUAUUGUUUUUAAUUAAGGACAGUAUCCUUUUUUUCAAGUAACCUUUUCACAAAAUUUUAGGUAUUUAGUAAUCGUAAAAAAGCAAAUGUUUAGUCUUCAUUUUACAUUUUAAAAUCCAAAAGAUCCACAUUUAACGCUUAAUACGAUUGUAUUCAUUUCGUAAUAAUAUUCUUUUCGACAAACAAAUAGUAUUGAUAAAUGCAUUAACUGAUGAGUGUAGAUUAUAUUAGACAUUUAAAUAUGUGUUUUAUGAAUAACAUGCUGAAAUUUAACAGAAUGGUUUGGCUAAGAAUAGUAAAAGUUAUAAGUGUCUCCUCCCCAUACACACUGUCAGUCUACUUUAUUUAAAUCGCAUUGUAGACUCGACUAUUCUUUCUAAUUAAUUAGUAGGCUUUUGUUUCAAAAGUUUUAGACUUGUAACAUUAGAUACUGGCUAUUACAAAAUAAAUGAAAUUGCAUUUAGAGUCAAUUUAAUUAAUAAAACAUCUGCUCUGGAUUUUGUAUCACAUUUUUUUCAUCAUCUCGUUCUGACUGAUAAACGAAAUAUCUCUGUUAUAAUUAGACUAUAAUAAUAUUACACAAAUAUCUUUAAAGAUGUCUUGACAUUGAUAGUCUGCAAUUAUAAAAAUUAUAUUAAAAUUUUGCAAAAACAAUGGCAUAAUUUUUUGAUUGUUGUAUCUUCCGGUUGGAAAAUUAUUAUAUUACGCAACUUGGCUCGUUUGUUAUUGUUCGAAGUAGAGAUGAAGGCAAGGAUAGGGGCAGCUAAUUGAACGGCAAGAAGAGAAUUAGAAUAUAGAGAAAGACAGACGAAGCGAUAGAAGAGAAAAAAAAAUACAAUUUUUUUUUGAGACCGAUUUUUUCGAGAUAAAGGGCAAUCCGAGCAACUUACUAUGGCCGGGAAUACUUUAGACGAGGACGCUAUUGCGAAGAAGACACGAUGGCGCAAUCUCGUGGCCUUUUGGAUUCUGGGGCUGUGCAACAAUUAUGGCUACGCCGUGAUGCUCAGCGCGGCCUACGAUAUUCUCGAUAUCAAAUUCGAUGAUAAGGAUUCUACGCUAAAGACAAAUGGCACAAAUAUGACGGGAAUUCGUACGUGCAAUACAGUUUCCACUGGUGCCAUACUCUUGGCAGAUAUUCUACCAUCGCUAGUGAUUAAGAUGAUGGUGCCGUUCCUGCCGUUUCUAGUACAUGCUCGAAUGGCUAUCUGUGUGUUAUUUUCCGCUGCAGGAUUUCUCAUGGUGUCGUUUAGCACUGCUGAAUGGCUCGCCAUUCUGGGCGUCGUUGUAACAUCGCUCUCCUUCGGCUUGGGUGAGGCCACCCUGCUCAGUUACAGUAAUCAGUUCUCCAAAGAGGUGAUCUCGACAUGGUCAUCGGGAACAGGCGGCGCCGGGGUGAUCGGUGCCUUAUCUUACGCCAGUCUCACUACGGUAUUGUCUAUCGAGAACACAUUAUUGGUCAUGUUAAUUGCGCCAUUUUUGCAAGCGAUCACGUUCUGGUGUAUCCUCAAACAUCCGGCGAAUACAGAAAUAUCAAUCACCAAAAACGGUACCAAAAGUCAAGAGCAGAUUAUCCAGGUCUCCGAGAAGAGCAUCAGAGACAAGAUCAAUUUGAUACCUGGCUUGCUGAAAUACAUGAUACCGCUCGGAUUGGUUUACCUUUUCGGAUAUUUCAUCAAUCAAGGCCUGUACGAGUUCAUCGAAUUCAAUGACAUUUGGUUGAAACCAUACGAGCAAUACAGAUGGCUCCAAGCAGAUUGUCAGAUAGGUCUAUUUAUCUCGAAAUCGUCGGUGAACAUAGUUACGAUUGACAAAAUUUGGAUUAUGUCCGUGUUGCAGUUCAUUAACGUCAUAAUUCUCCUCUUUGAGGCUAUUUUCUAUUAUAUACCAAAUAUAUGGAUCGUUUUCGCCCUUGUAUUGUGGGAGGGUCUAAUUGGCGGCGCGACGUAUGUGAAUACUUUCUACCGAAUAUCGACUGAGAUUCCGAAAGCUGAUCUUGAGGUCUCCAUGGGGAUCGCGUCGAUGGCGGACUCGAUCGGAAUCGCGUUGGCCGGUUGGUUGUCCAUGCCGGUCCACAAUGUCAUAUGCGAGCUAUCGCAACCGAAGAGAUUAGGUAGCUAAAGGUAUCGCGGAUAUGCAGUAUAUUAAGAAAUCGACAUCAAAGAAACAAUGAGAGUUGCAUAUCUAUAAAUCGCCAAAUGCAAACUUUCAUUGAACAAUUCAUAAUUAUACAGCGCUUAUAUAAAAUUAUAAUACUCUUUA